UGGAUCACAGAGCGGCGGAGUUUCGGUGGGAAGGUAGACACUGAAAACGGUGAAAUAUUUUGAGGGUUUCUGGAUACAAUUCGUAUGAAGGAUACAUUUGUUUGGGCUCUUAACGUCAGGGUUUUUUCUUCUGUGUCGCUGUGUGUUUCCAUAAAGUCAGCAAACUUGUCCUCGGUGUGUUUUUUUUUGUUUUGAUUGAUUAGUUAGUGGAGAUUAAAGGAGCACUCAUGGCUUUAAUAGCGACUGACCAGGGCUGCAAGCUGAACGGGACGUCGGCGAUUUACGGCCGAGUUGGACCAAGAAAAGAAGUGUUUCAGGGCAAAGUGGAGGGCUUUAAAAGUAACACAAUGCAGCCAAAAGAGACGGAGUAUUCAACAGAUGGUCUGCCCAAAGCCUUCCUGCACAGCCUGAGGACCCUGUUUGACAUUUUGGACGACGCUGGACGAGGCUACGUCCACAUAUCGGAGAUAGAGAGUCGUUGGCAAGGCGCGGACACCCGAGAACUGCCCGGAGGGGUACUGGGCUGCCUGAGGAGGGUCACCCCGCCGCAUGGCUGCCUCACCUUUGAGAGGUUCGUGGCGGGGCUGCGGUACUCCAUGCUCAACCCGGAGAACAGCCGCCGCUUCAAGGCCCAGGCUGCCGUCCACCCGCAGCAGGCUCCGCAGAAACCCGCCCCGCUGUCCACAUGCAGUGUCGGGACACGGGCGGAGAACAAGGUCCGUCCGCUGGGGCCGAGCAACGUGACGAACACCCAGCAGCAGCAGCAGCACCGGUCAUCCUCCAUGCAGGGCCGGGCCAGACAGGAGGAGGGGCCCGGUUACCCCGCGUCGUGCGGACCUGCACAGUACGGCGCGGGCUACGAGAGGUCCGGGCGGACUUUGGAGCGGAAUCCUGGUGCUCCGGGGGGCGGGUGUUACCGGGCCGAGCCGGGCAAUGCCACCAAGCCAACGCAGACCCAACAGAGCCGGGUCAGGUCCAUUGAGUCGCUGGCGCUGGAGUCAUCUCAGGUCCAGGGACCAAGUGGUGUUGCGAAAUCGGGUUUACCAAGAUCUCAGAGCGAAUCUGCAACAGGAUUUUCAGGAAGCUCCAGGCGACACGGGCGGAGUCGGGAAGAGCAGAGGAGGCAUACCAUAUCCAACGGCGUGGAUUAUGGGAUGUUGAAGCAAAUGAAGGAGCUGGAGCAGGAGAAGGACUCCCUGCUGGCGGGCCUGGAGGUGGUGGAGCGGGCCCGAGACUGGUACCAGGGCCAAAUCCAUAAUGUCACAGAAAGACAGCGGCAGGUCGGCCAGAGCUCCCACUGCACGGAUUUCUUCACAGAAGCCAGUCAGAGUCGCAUGAAUGUUCUCAUACCCAAACUGCAGGAAGUCAACCGCUGCCUUAAUGACCUAAUUUCCUGCACAGGGAUGCAGUCGUUUCCUUCCAGCUCGGCUCCAACAGCAGCACUCUCAGCAAAUUCCCAGCUUCCAGGUCCAGCUCCCCCACAAGCCAUCCAGAGACUGAAGGACCAGAACCGACUUCUCACGCAGGAGGUGACGGAGAGGAGCGAGCGGAUCGCCCAGCUGGAGCAGGAGAAGUCAGCCUUGAUAAAGCAGCUGUUUGAGGCUCGAGCCCGCAGCGCCCACGACACCAGCAACAUGGACUCCACCUUCAUCUGAAACACACUCCACCAAACGGCAACUUAAACAUCCUAGAUGUGUUUCUGCAAGGAAACCAUCGCGGAGGAAAACACUUAUAAGACUGGAGCUGACUGUUGUUUACCCACUUUUGUAGCAGUGAAGCACCUUUUAGCCAUGAGCUGCAUGUGACCACUCCAACCUUCAACCAGAGCACGGACUACCUAGAUGUGAACACUCCAAGGAAGACCUGAACAAUUAGAGUUUAAAGACUUCUUUCACUUUUUUUUUGAUUCCUGCAUUCAAGCUGAAAAGUGAAAAAAAAAAAAAAAAAAUCUCCAGAGAAACCAAUUGGAUGUCAAGAGAUCCUCCCACUCCUUUCCUUCCAGGGAUGUAGCAAUUUCUACUUGACUCCUAAAUGCUUCUGCUGCUUUACAGGCAGAAGAAUAACUCAUGAACUUAGUGGUACAAGAAGAUAUUGAGGUUUCUGUAGGGAUAAAAUGCCAUAUUCUAACAGUUUAAUAUGACAUUAAUCACCAGCUGCUUGCUGUAACCUAUCAAAUAAUGUUUCACUCUUUUGAGCUUGAUCAAAAUGAAAUUUAGAUUUUCAUCAUGUCUUCCAGAAUUCCCUUUAAAUGUCAAUUUAUUAAUGAUAUGUUUACUUGGCAUAGGCUUUCUGGGUUUUAGGGUGUUACAUUUCCUACGCAUGGAGAGAGGAAGUACUGAAAGUGCAGUUUUUAUAUUAUAGUAGCAUGUUUAAUGUUACCAUGUUAGAAUUUUCAGAUGCUUUUUUUUUUUUUUUUUUUUUGAUUGAAAAAGAGAGACGGGGGAGGGCAGCUACGAGCCAUCGGGGCGUAGAGGCAGAGACGGAUGGGAGGGAAGUUUGGAAGUUUGCACGUAGAAGAGAGACGAGGACGGUUAUAAACACGGUAGACGGUGAAUGUGUCGGAGCCCGACGAGCUUCUGGGUCGGGAGAUCUUUCUGAUUAAUCAGAAACUAAAUUAAAAAAAAAGAAAAAGAAAAUGAUCACUUUGGCUGUCUAGUCUUUUAAAGGGGAUUCUUUUGCAUGGGUCGUUUUUAUCUCCUGAAGAGAUUUGGAGAGUAGCAGCGAUGUUCAACAGACAGUGUGUCCUGUAAGUGUCCCUUUUUACCAGAAAUGUUGCGCUUUAGACUUAAAAACACUAAACACAUUCAGCCAUCCACCAGUUUACAAAACAAGUAUUUAGUUAGUGGGUGGUGGUAGAAAAGAAGAAGGUAGAUUUAUAAUGGAUCUGUAUGGUACUGCUGGGAUAUCUGCGUAUAACAUUGUCCAGGUCUGUUUCCCAACUUGUUUGAUUGUAUGUUUUACUUUUCGCUGCUCAAACUACAUUACGUGUGAGUGAAACUCUUUUCCUUCUGCUUUCUAUCGAGACACUACAGAUAAAAUGUAAAAAAAUAAAUACUACAGAAAACACUGAA